AUAAUCGUUGACGGGAGAGUUGGCUUCGUUACGUCGAAAGAUCCAACGUUUUGUAGAAACGAUUAGCGAUAAAGUUUAAUCGAAUCGAAGAUGGUGAAAAAAUGUGCUAUCGUGUGGAACUAUUACAACAAAAAAGUGGAUGGCUCUCAAGUCAUCGCUUUUUGCAAGUUUUGCGAUCAUUCGUACAUACAAAAUGCAGCGCGUAUGGAAAGACACUUGGAACGCUGUCUAAAGUGUCCAGGAGAAGUUAGACGACAAUUUGUACAAGUAAGAAACGACAAAAGAAACAAAGCAAACGUUCUCGGCGUUAAAGUCAACGACAAACAGCGAAAGCGAGAAUCUUCGUUGGAACGUGUUACCGACUUGGAAUUGGAAGGUCUAGACGAUUGGCAUUAUAAGAAUCGAUAUUACACGGACGAGAUGUCGGAAACGAUUCAACAGUGCGACGCGAAAAUAGCGAUACAAUCUAAGGAUAAGUCACGGACAAGCCACGACUCUAACGUUCAAAGUAUCAGAGGCGACGGAAGCUCAAAGAUAAGAACUAGGGACUCGAGUCAGACCGACGCAGAGAUGUCUAAAAUUGAUGGAUCCGAAGAACAUAAAGGUACCAUUCGUCGUAAGAAAUCCCUACCGGCUAGAAGAAUUUCGCGAUGGCCGUUUCUUUCUAUCCGCGAUCCAGGCUAUUCGCCUUUACAGAGCAAAAUAUAUCAAGAACAAUUGUUGGAGAGCCGGGCCUCGAGAAAGAUAGCCGAGCUGGAGUUACGCCGUAAAACUCUGGAAUUGGAAAGAUUUCAAUGGGAAUUUGAAAGGGACAAGGCUCAAAGCGAAAUACGCUGGGCUUACGAAAUGCGAAUGAUGCAACUACAAGAGGAGCACGAAAGGAAACUAAUCGACCAAAACAGAAAUCGAGGAUAGACUCUCUAUCAAGAAGAUAUACUCGUUAUAACUUUCACGCUUGCAAAUCGCAAACAUGCAUUCCGUGGUUAUUUAUAGAAACUCCCUAAGCACGACGGUCGACCGCUUUGGAUAUUCUAUAAUAUCAAAUAUGAAAAAGAUUUAUAUUGCGACUAAAUAAAAUUUUAAGUAACAAAAAAA